UUGACUUCUUUCUUCCACUCCGCGUGUUCUCAGUCAGUACGUCCAUUGUAAGAAAAUGACUAACCAGCUCUGUAAACUGUUUGUUGGCGGCCUGAACGUCCAAACAACCGACGAAGGCUUGCGGGCACAUUUUGAACAAUAUGGACAGCUGACCGACUGCGUGGUGGUGAUGAACCAGCCGCUGCAGCGCUCCCGAUGCUUCGGCUUUGUAACGUACUCGAGCGUCGAGGAAGCAGACGCCGCCAUGGCAGCUAGGCCUCAUGUCGUUGACGGGAACAACGUGGAUCUGAAGCGAGCGGUGGCCCGGGAAGACGCCGGUAGACCGGAGGCACUAGCCAAGGUCAAGAAAAUAUUUGUCGGGGGACUAAAAGACGACAUCGAGGACGAACACCUCCAAGAGUAUUUCUCCCAGUUCGGUGCUAUCGAGAAGGCUCAGGUCAUCACCGACAAAGACACCGGGAAAAAGCGAGGUUUCGGUUUUGUUUACUUUGAAGACAACGACUCCGCCGAUAAAGCCGUCGUAAUGAAGUUCCACGUGAUCAGCGGACAUAAGGUGGAGGUGAAGAAGGCUCUCACCAAACAGGAGAUGCAAGGUGCCGGCGGUCGCGGCGGCAGGGGAGGCCGAGGAAUGGGCCGGGGAAGCGGCUACGGCGGCGGAAGAGGUGGUUACUAUAGCGACUACAGCUAUCAGAACGGCGGCUACGGUAACGAUGGCAGCUACGAAAGCCAAAGUAGCUACGGAGGAGGCUAUAGCGACCAGAUGGGCAGCGGAUACGGUACCGGGAAUGGCUACAGUGACUUCGGUGAGGGUUAUGGACAGCAGCCUUCAGGUUACGGCGCUGUGAAAACGGGCUACUAUCCCGGCAGGAGCAGUGCGCCCUACCCACGCGGAGGUGGUGGAUAUGGAAGAGGCGGCUAUGGUGGAUAUUAGAAGCACAGAUGUGACUCUUUUAAACUGUAGUUCGAUUAUUUUUUUUUUUUUUUUUUUUUACGCAAACUACUUGGACACUGGACUUUUAAAACUAAUUGAUUGGUAUUGGGUAUAAAUGAGAUGUUCUGUGCCAUUACCAGUACCAGCAGACACGCAUUGCGUUUUCUUUAAGUUGAAGUGGUCAUGUUUAACGCAAGUCAAGCCUGGUAAAAACCGUGUAGGCUUCUGUAUGAUCUGUUUUCGGUUUAUUGCCUGUCCAUCGUUUGAGAUGAAACUCAGGGGUAAUGAAAUUUAAGCAGCUCAUUGUUUCACUUCAUGACUGCCUUUUGUUUUAAAAUGCAACUUAAUUUCUGUUUUAAUGGUAUUACACAGUUCCUAUUAUAAAACUAUUUUAAGUAAUAUUUAAUUUGAUCCAACCGUUGCCAUUUUAAGAGCAUUUUGACCAUUAAACAACUUUUUUUUUUUUUCAUAAACCUUGUCUGUAUGGUCCAUUUCUUCAAAUGUCUUUUGAUCUUUUCAUAAUGCUUUCACGUUUUUGAUGUCUCUUAAGCUCUUGGGCAAAUAUUCCUUUGUGUUUUGGGUACUAUAUACUGAGCCAUUUGAUGCAUUUUAUCAGGAAUAUGCAAUGUGUAGGCAUAAGUGUACUAUGAUUUGCGCAAUAUAUUUUGUAAACCCUUAUUCUGAAGUCACCAAAUCUGUGUAAUGGUAACAGUGGUUUUCAGAUUUUGUAUGUAUUCUUUAUCUGACACACUCCGCUGAGUUCAUGGAGCACUUAUGAGUUGAUCUCUGGCAUGUCUGUUAAGGGAGCCAUACAAAAUGUGCAAAGUGGUGAGUCCCCAAGACCAGGGUUGAAAACCACUGUAUUGGUGAUUUCUGCAGGAUUAUGUGACUCCGAAAACUGGAGUAAUGGAUGCUGGCGUUGCAUCCAUGCUUUGAAUAAAACAUAUUAAAAUCUGUAUUGGUUAUUUUAA